UGAAUUCCGAAUUUUAGUGCAAAUUCCUGUUAAAUAUGUUAUUUUUGUCAUGUUUUUAUUUGUUUAUCGAAAUCCAAGAGUAAAUCAGCAGAGUACAAGUAUAUAAUAUAUUAUAUUUGCAUAUAUUUGUAUAUAAUAUUCGUUGGUACAUGGCUAUAGAGUAAAUAAAAUGAUACAAAAUAUCCAAAACAGUAUUGGCUGAUUAAUUCAAUGGUAAUUUAAAAUGGAAUACAAUGAGGAUUUUAAAGAUUUUAGAAAUCAACAAGUACUAAAAUUUAGGAUAGAUGAAGUUGAUUCCUUUAAGGAAAAUGAGAAUCUACAAAUUAAAUCAGAAAUAUUGGAUUGCAACUUUGAAAGCAAUACUGUAGAGGAUUGUGUGUUAGCCCAGUCAUCUUCACAAUAUAUUAAACUGGAAACCUCUACUGUAAAAGAAGAAAUGCGAAAAUCAUCCCUUAUUAUUAAUAUUCAAGAUGUAAAGCUUAAAAUAAAGAAAAAACUAGGUGAAUUUACCAUUACAGGUGAUCCACAUCAUGUUUUAAAAGAACGCUUGAGAGUAUACAAGUGCAGACAACCUUUUAAAUGUGAACUUUGCAUUAGGAAAUUUUAUCUCAGCAACAAGUUACAUAUAACUUACCAAUGUGAAAUUUGUUCGAGGAAAUUUAGAUAUGCAGAUAAUUUAAAUGCCCAUUUUAAAACACACACUGGCGGAAAACCUUACAAAUGUGAGACUUGUCAGAAGAACUUUUCCAAUGAUUUUAAUUUGAAAAAACACUUAAAAACUCACAUUGAGGAAAAUCCAUUUGAAUGUGAAAUUUGUACUAAACAGUUCUCUCGAAGUAGUAAUUUUUAUAGGCAUAUGAUACUGCACACUGAAGGAACUUUUUGAAAAAGAUAAAAUGUGAUAUUUGUUUCCCACAAGGAUUAUUUAAAUAUGUAUAGCCGAUAUCUUCUUCAUUGUCUUCAUACUGUACUAUUUCUGAUAAAAUGUAAUUUAUGUUUAUAGCUUUGUUCAAAUUAAAAUUUGUUAAAAGUAAAAAUUGUUUCGAUGUAACUGUUACUAUUUGAAUAAAUUACAUAUUUAUUUUUA